UUAAAGCUCAAAAAGGUUUAAAUACGUUAAAGUAAACAAUCUUUGAAGGUACUCGAAAGUAAAAAAAAACCCUGAUAUUUCAUUAACUCAUGAACCAUUACACAUAUAAGUAUUAAUGUGAAUACAUACUAAAAGAAAAUUAAAUACAGUUACUCAUUCAUAAAAAGCACAUAAAUAUGUUUGAGAUCCACAAUUUUAAGCAAGUAACAAAAAAAACAAAACAUAAACUUUAAGAUCAAUGAAACAUUAAAUCAAUGAAUUACUUAAAUAAAAUUGUUUCAUCUAAAUAAAAAAAGAAAGUAAAAAAUUCAAUGAUAAAUAAAAAACAAAAUAAAUAUGUCAUCUGAAAGUUUGAAUAAACAACCUAAAGAAUCAAGUGAAAUAUAUUUAACUCAAUCCGAAAAAUCUUCAAGCACUGCCCGAAAGAUUGACUCUUCGGACUAUGUACAAAGAUGUAGGAUUACAAAAUCUACUCCGCCUUCUCCUGCGUAUAAUCCAAUGCAAUUUGUUGCUGUUAAACCAGUUACGCUUUUUAAACCUUUGGAAAAACAAGAAAAUUUGGAUAGUAUGUCUCGCAAGUCAACCUCACAUGUUAAACACGACGACGCAGAAGAAUGGCAAUCGGAUUUAGAUAGUUGGAAAUGUUCGAGGCGAAAACGUGUUGAACAUAUUAUAGAUAGAGUUGUAGAAGUAAAAAAACUGGAGUCAAUUGACUAUGAAUUAAACAAACGUAAAUCAAAGACGUUUUCAGAAAUGAUAGAAAAAAGAGGGGCUCAAAGAAAAAUUUCUGUCUCAAUUUUCAAAGAUGACGAAAACGAUUUAAGUGACCUUGGUAUUAGCAAAAAAACACCACAAGAGAUACAAGCUGAUCAGUAUUCUUCAAAUGAAAAAACAAAACAACAUUACGAAAAAAACACCAAACCAAAUAAUAAAAACCUUGAUUUAAUGUCUAAUGAUCAAAAUGAAUUGACUUAUCAGAAUGCUAUUGAUAAAUAUAAAUCACGCGUGAAACAAGUGGCUCAAUACGGCAGCAAUAUGAAAAUUUUAAGAAAAACUGAGCCUCAUUUUAAUGAUAAUUUUUUAUCCAUCGAUUUGGAGAAUGGUAGCAAAGAUAAAUAUUUAAUGACAAAAAAUGAUCUGCCAAAGACUGAUUUUGCAAAACGUCGUGAGUUGUUUGAAUUAAAUGAAAAACCAGAAAAAAGUAACGAUGAAAGUGGUGUUAAAAGUCCUGCAAUAGAAAACAUAUUUUUUAAAAACUUUAAAGAAAGAAUAUCCUGCUUCGAAAGAGACGAAAUAAAAAGUAAAGACGAAAAUCAAACUGUUUUAAAUUGCGAUAAAACAUCAAAAAACAUAUCUUUACAAAAAACAAAUCUAGAAGAUGUUCCAAUAAUACAUUCAAUAAAAGAACGGGUGUCCAAUCUUCAAGCUUGUUUUGAAUCUUCUAGUGAGGUAAAAAUUAAUUGUUAUAGCAAUAAAGAUGUUGAUAUUAUUUAUGAAAAUAAAGAAAAAUCAAUUAACAAAGACCCUACUCCACCAACUUUGGAAUCAAACAUUGGAAAUAGUACGUAUAUUGUAAAUGACGAAAAUAAUAUUUCUUUACUUGUCUCACAAAGCAUUGAAGAAAAAAAGUCAAAAUUGGAUCAAAAAAACGCUACACCCUUAAAAACGACUCAAAAUGAUAUUCAAUUAAAAUUACCUAAAAUAGAACUGAAUUUAUCCACACCUGAUUUGGUACAAUAUGAUGGCAACUACAGAGGAGAAAAAAUAUUAAACCAUCCAGAUAAUAAAAAUGUUUUUGAAGUACUUGACAAUGCUUUACAAGAAAUUGAUAAUGAAAUGGAGUUAAAAGAUUCGAGUGCUAGUAUGCACAAUUCAACGAUAAUAAAAAGAUUAAAUGAUGUAGAAACAGAAAUUGGUGCAUAUUUUUUUGAUAAUAAUAUAAAAGAAAAUUACAAGGAAUCAAAAAAUAAUGAGUUUUUAAACGAUAAUUCAUACUACCAAGCACCUCAAACAAAACCCAUCCCAUUCUAUGAAAACGUAACCUUAGCACGUCCACCAAAGGAAAAACCACCACCUCCGCCAAUAGAAAAUGAAAUAUGUGAUAUUACUGGGAAGUUAUUUAUGGGAAGUUCAUUAACCGAUAAAAAAAAAUAUAAAUCUAAACCCAUUUAUAUAAAGCAGGCGAAUAAUACAGAUGUAUUACAAAACAACGAGUUUUGUGAAUUAAGAGUCCCUAACUCGCCUAUUAUGAUUAAAUUUUUAGAAGAUCAAAAACUGCAACGAAAGUUUUUGAAAAAAGGAUUUACUGAUUCUGAUACAGGUGAAAGUCGUGAUUCUGGUGUAUCUGAAAAUCAUUCUCGUCAAAGCAGUGGUCCUAUUUCAUUUGAAGAAUUACAAGAGGCAUCAUUAAAAAUUCACAAUAUACUUGAUUUGGAAAUCAAAGCUUUGAAUGAAAAUCUUUUGGAACAAGAAACAAGAGAAUUGAAUAUUCAAGAUAGACAAAAUAAUAAUGUCACGCAUCGACUAAUGACUUGCAUUUUUAAAACGGAUCAUAGAAAAUCUAUGCCUGAAUUACCCCUAACAAAACCAUAUCCACAUGAGAAUCAGUCCAAGGGCCCGGCUAAACCUUUACCGUCACAAACAAUUAUAGAUUCAUCAUCAUAUAAAUCUGUUGAUGCACAGUUAAAUAGACAAUCUGCUUUUUAUUCCAAAAUUGAGAAAGAACCUUUUUUCAAAAUUAAAAGUCCUUUAGAAAAUUCAUUGAAUGAUGAUAAUGUUCUUUAUGCAAACAAAAAAGAAGAAAGUAUCGAUAUAAACGCACUUGAAUCGAACACUAAUACUUUUGAAACUGAGUCCGAGAAUUGGUACUUAAAUUCCAAUAACAAAUAUAAUAGCCGUGACAAAAUUCAAUGGCCAAUACAAGAAAAAUCCGAAAACAAAAACUUUUUUAACCAUUGGUUAAUACAAGAAGCUGAACAACGUCGUAUAGAUCAACUGAAAAAAGCAUGUUAUAGAAAUAAAAAAUCGUUGCCUGAUUCAGUGAUACAGACGAUAACACAACGUGUUAAAAAUAUGGGUAUAGGUUGCGUAGCACGAUAUAACGAAAACUUAAGAUGUGCGCAUAACCAUCCAAAAAAUAGUGAAGAAGAAUUGAAAGAAACAGCUUUAAGUGUCAGUGGAAAAAAAAAAUGCACUUUUUGUCAUGUUGAACUAGGUCGUGGAGCUGCGAUGAUUAUAGAAAGCCUACAGUUAUUCUACCAUAUUGAAUGUUUUAAAUGCUUUGUUUGUCAUGUACCGCUGGGCGACGGUCUUGGUGGAAUAGAUGUUCGUGUUCGAAAUUACAAGCUACAUUGUCAAAACUGUUAUUCAAAUGAUGAAGGUGUUAAGUUUAGCUGUGUAUAGGUAAUGAAAACGCCAGAAGAAAAAACGGAAAAUCCAAAAACCAAUGUUUCAAUGAGUUAAAUAAUAAAUACUUUUUUGA